AAUCUUUUCUCAGUCCAACGUGGUUCCUUCUGAGAGUCUGUUGCGUAUUUUCUACACUUGUUUGUCUUAUGAGGAGUUGGUGAGAGUGAUGAACUCUGAGCAGGAAAGGCCCUUUGUGUGCAGUGCCCCUGGCUGUUCUCAGCGGUUCCCCACAGAGGACCACUUGAUGAUUCACCGGCACAAGCAUGAGAUGACUCUGAAGUUUCCCUCCAUAAAGAUCGACAGCAUGUUAUCAGACCAGACGCCGACCCCGACGCGCUUCCUGAAGAACUGUGAGGAGGUGGGUCUGUUCAGCGAGCUGGACUGUUCUAUAGAACAGGAGUUCAGGAAGGCCCAGGAGGAAGAGGACAACAAACAGAAUAUCUCUCUACAUGGCCAGAACCUCCAGAACCAGCAGCAUCACUCUCGGAUGGGAAACCAUGACAACAGCAUAGUGAUCCAGCAGGGCCUGUCCUCUCCCCAGUCCAACUCUGUCAUCACCCAGGCCCCCUCCACCAACAGACAGCUAGGGUGAGGCCUCCAGUCCACACCGCCUGGAUGAACCAAAACAUGAACUAACACACGCCCAACUAACAUUAGACCUGGGUCAAAUACAGUACAUGUCAAAAAUGCUAUUUUAGUAUGCUUACUUUAGUUUGACAUGCUUCCAUCUCUGUUCUCUGUGCUUUAGUCUAGAGAACUACUCUGCCUUGUGGCUCCGUGUGAUAUUCAUCACAGUGAUAUGAGGAUGUCCUC